AUGAAUAUUGGAUACAACACCAGGUCUGGGGUAAAACUUGUUUUAUGGUCCUGGCAGGCUGAAAAUGAUCCAUCGCCUGGAAAGUUUACUAUUGGACUUUCGGUAGAAAUGCCACCUCAAGUCUUCACUUGGAAUAAUUACUCGAGGCCUUACUGGAGAGGUGGCCCAUGGGAUGGAGGGAACUUCUUAGGCAUACCUGAUGACGAAAAGGGGUAUGCAAGUGAUAUAAAUGUAGUAGUAAACAAGCAACAGGAAUCUGCCUUCUUCAGUUUCAAUAAUUUCAACGUUUCUGAUGUUAUAAUCAUGGUCCUAAAACCAUCAGGGCUAUUGAAUAUGAUGGAAUGGCUAGAAGACCUGAAUGAAUGGCACGUCUUUUGGGAGGCACCAGCGAAUCCAUGUGAUGUUUAUGGAACUUGUGGUCCUUACAGUGUUUGUGACAUGGGUAAGUCUCCAGUCUGUGAUUGCUUGAGAGGAUUUGUACCAAAGUCAACUGAUGAAUGGAUCAGAGGAAAUUGGACUGGUGGCUGUGUGAGGCGAACUAAACUUCUAUGUGAAAUCAGUGCAAGUGGCAAUGCUACAAAGGGGUCCGAAAGUGACAACUUCUUGCAGCUGAGAGAGAUGAAACUGCCAGAUCACUACACAUAUUUUUAUGACUAUGAGGCUCAGAUCUGCAAGGAGUGGUGCCUGAAUAACUGUUCCUGUGCAGCCUAUGUAUAUCCAGACGGAAUUAAGUGCAUGGUUUGGACUUCAGAACUUAUGGAUGUUCAGCAGUUUCCAUAUGAUGGUGUGGAUUUGUUUCUUCGUGUUGCUUAUUCUGAACUAGCUUUAGAUGAAGAUACAACGAGGGCUAAACUUAUCAUCAUCUUCACAACCGUUUCAAGCGUUCUCAUAUUGGCCAUUUUCGGAUGCAUUUUCUACAGGUGGAAAGCAAAUCAAAGAGGUAAACUAUAUUCCUGA